GUGUAUUGUAAGCACCCAAAUCCAGUUACAGCCUAAGCAUAUCACGAACCAAAUCCCUUUCAAGGAACAUGUAUCAAAACCAAACCCCCCCCCCCCCCCCCCCCCAAAAUAAUUAGAUUACAUUCUUCUAAUAACAUUACUUAAAACUAACAAGGAAACGUUAUUUAUCAUUGUAUUCUACUCACAAGAAAGAUCACUCCCAUGCAAAAACCAUUGCUCUUUUAAUAUUUUUCUUUUCACAAGAAAAAGAGAGAUUUAUUUUAUUUUAAUUUGCCUAAACAAAUCCUCAUAAUCAGGCAAAAUCGGUUGGCCUAUCUAUUCCCUUCUCUAACACCCAACCCACAAUUAAUUUAGCAAAAAGUAUUAUAAAAUGUAUAUGUAAAGCAUUACAUAUAUACAUAUAUAUAGUGAGGACAUUUGAGAAACCUCUUUCAAGAAUUGGUGGAUCAUUUAAGAAACACACUUCUUCAACAGAAAAAUAACAAACUUAGAAUGAAGAAGACAAUGGAAGAUCCAAGCAAGAUCAUGAGAAGAUCAGUCCACACAUUCCUACAACACUACCACCGUGCCACCACCGCAGCCGCCGUUGCUCUCCCUUUCUCAACCGCUCUCCUCCUCUCCCAGCCCUUCUUCUCCUCUUCCUCUUCCUCCAUCCACAUGAAGCUAAACACUCUCCUCCGCGGUGCUGGCUUCUCUUCUUCUCUUGAAUUCUUCAACAUCUUAAGCCUUAAACUCUCACAAACCCUCUCUUCCUCUUUACUCACUCUCCCUUUCUCCCUCACUUUCCUCCUCUUCUCCAAAGCUUACAUCAUCAAACUCCUAUCAAACAAUCAUGACUCCAUUUACUACUUUCGUCUUCUCAGAACUUACAUUUGUAACUCUUUCUUCAUCCUCUCAGCAAACGCCUCUGCUUUUGCUCUGUUCUUCUUAGCAUCCACCAUCCUAGACUCCUUUGGCUUCUCUUCAAGAAACUUCUACAUUCUCUUCUCCUUAUCCUCAGCCAUUAUCUACUCAAUCAUCCUCGCAAACGCAUUUGUCAUCUCCAACUUAGCCUUGGUUUCAUCGCCUUCCUCGUCCUCAGGAGGAUACACAACACUUCUCAAGGCGUGUCUUCUGCUUCGGGGAAGAACAUCAACAGCAUUGGCUCUUGCUUUACCUACUAACCUCGGCUUAGCUGGCGUGGAAGCGUUGUUUCGGUACAGAGUAAUGAGAUCAUUUUACAAAGGAGAUAGAGAUGUCACCUCGAUAGCUAUUGAAGGAACGUUGAUAGCUUACUUGUACGCUCUCUUCUUGGUUCUUGACACAGUAGUCAACUUCUUUUUUUACCAAAGCUGCGUCGAGAACGAGGAGGAACAAAAGAUCGGUGGAGAUGAUGAGUAUUCGAUCAAGAUCCAAAUAUGUGAAUCAGAGAACACUAAGAUAUGCAUCAAAGGACCAAAGAGUUUAUUUUAGUCAUUACAUUUUUUUCUCUUUUGAUUAUUUUGGCAUCAAUGUAAAGUCACAUACCAGAAACUAUCAGUGCCAAUAUUGGAAUUUACAUUUGGUUAAUCCUAUAGUAGAAUUUCAUUGCCGACAUAAUAUGUAUAUCAUAAUAUCUUUAAACAAUGAUUUUAUUACUCGCUUAAAUUAAUGAAGAUG